AUGGUGGGGGCUUUGGAGUUGGAGGAGGGUGGUGGUGGUGGUUCAGGCCAUGGUGGGGGCUUUGGAGUUGGAGGAGGGGUAAGUGGCAGAAUUGGUGGUUCUGCUGAAGGAGGUGGAAGUGGGGGAGGAGGAAGAGGAGGCGGGGGUGGAGUAGGUGGAGCCUCUGGCCACGGAGGUGAAUUUGGAACAGGUGGUGGAAUAGGAGGUGGGGCUGCAGGAGGUGGUGGAAGAGGAGGAGGAAGAGGAGGUAGUGGUGGUGGCGGUGGGCUAAGUGGUGGGUCUGGUCAUGGUGGAGGUUUUGGAGUUGGUGGUGGUGCAAAUGGUGAUCGAGGCGUAGGCAGUCAUGGUGGAGGAUUCGGAGUUGGAAUUGGAAUUGGUGUUGGAGUUGGAGUUAGAGUUGGUGUUGGUGCUGGCGCUGGCGCUGGCCAAGGCUCAAGCAUUGGUUCUGGUGGCAGUGGAGGUGGUGGUGGCAGAACAUGA